GCUAAAUAGUCUCUGGUUUAGUGUAGUCAAUGUGUGGCUAUUCACGUUUCUCAGGACGAAACCUGCAACAAGAGGAAUCUUUUUUGUUUUUGUUUUUGUUUUUGUUUUUGUUGUUGUUGUUUAUUUUUUCGUUUUUACUUCAGACUGAAUUAUUGACAUCUAGGCAUGGAGUCGUUUGAUAGCGAAAGCGCUCCAUUGCCCAGGAACAUGAUUGAGAACAGCAUGUUUGAGGAAGAGCCAGAUGUGGUGGAUUUGGCAAAGGAGUUCCCAUCCUAUCCCAUAGAUUCAGAUGAUGUGGUCUACGAACCACGGAGCUCACGACUGCUAGUCAGAGGACUGGGAGAAAAUGACUUGGACGAAGACGAGGAAGACUACGAAUCAUCUGCUCGGCUUCUUGGAAUGUCCUUCAUGAACCGCAAUUCCAGCCAGCGUAGUGCUGCCUCAUCCUACAUCCGCCAACAACCUUCUGGAUGGUGCUCGAUGCCUUCUGCUUGGACAAUGGUGGUAGGAGUUCUCAUCUUGGUACUGGUUGCCUCCAUGAUCAUGGUCAUCUACUUCCUGCCAGGUUGCACUUUCACCCGAGAUGGUUGUAAGAAGACCAUGGACACUGUCUAUCCAGUUUCCACAAGUGGAGAACUUUUCCCCUGGACAGAGUUGAGGUUACCAGUCAGUGUACACCCUGUGCAUUACAAUAUUUCACUUCAUCCCAACCUGACCUCCAUGACCUUCCAAGGAAGCGUGUCGAUUAUAGUGCAGGUCUUGCAGGUAACAAAGAAGAUAGUUCUGCACAGCUCUGAUAUGAAAAUAAUCAGUGCCACUUUUGAAGGUAAAGAGGUCAAGAUCUUGGAGUACAAACCAUGGCAGCAGAUUGCCAUAAAAUUUCCAGACGAUCUUAAGAAGGGACAGUAUGUACUGAAUAUUAACUACACAGCAAACUUCUCCAGCAGCUAUGAUGGCUUCUACAACAGCUCCUAUGUCGAUACAACUGGUGCGAAAAGAGUUUUAGCUGCUACUCAGUUUGAACCCCUGGCAGCCCGCAAGGCUUUCCCUUGUUUUGACGAGCCAGGUUUUAAAUCUACUUUUCUAAUUAAGAUAACAAGAGAACCCAAGUACAUCAGCCUUUCAAACAUGCCCAAGGCCAAAACCUCUAAUUUAAGCAAUGGGCUUCAAGAAGAUGAGUUUGAGAAAAGUGUUAAUAUGAGCACUUACCUGGUUGCGUUUAUAGUGGCUGAAUUCAGCAGUGUCAGUAAGAAUGUCUCUAAAACUAUGGUGUCUGUGUAUGCAGUUCCAGACAAAAAAGACCAAGUCCAUUAUGCUCUGGAAACAGCUGGCAAAUUGUUGGAUUUCUACAACACAUUCUUUGAAAUUGACUACCCAUUAAGCAAGCUGGAUUUAGUGGCCAUUCCUGACUUCCUUGCUGGAGCCAUGGAGAACUGGGGACUAAUUACAUUCCGUGAGACAACUCUGCUAGUUGGGAAUCAUUCCUCCCAUAUAGACAAGCAACUGGUGACCUGUGUCAUUGCUCAUGAACUUGCCCACCAGUGGUUUGGAAAUUUGGUCACUAUGAGAUGGUGGAAUGAUCUUUGGCUAAAUGAAGGAUUUGCAACCUACAUGCAGUAUACAUCAAUUGAAACCGUGUUCCCUGAACUUGACAUAGACACUGAAUUCUUAAGCAUUCGUUUCAGAGCCCUGGCCAAAGAUGCAUUGAACUCAUCCCACCCAGUGUCUACUGUAGUGAGCACCCCAGAGCAGGUGGAAGAGAUGUUUGACUCUGUGUCUUAUGAGAAGGGGGCUUCAAUACUUCUUAUGCUCAAUGGAACACUCACAGGUGAAGAGUUUCGAAAAGGAGUGAUUGAGUAUUUGCAGAAGUAUACAUUCAGAAACACAGAAAGUGAAGACUUAUGGAACAGUCUAUCCCAGGUGAGUAAACAACCCUUCAAUGUUGCCCAGAUUAUGAAUACUUGGACUGUACAGAAGGGCUUUCCUCUGGUCUCAGUGAAGAGGAAUGGCACUCAAGUGACACUGACCCAAGAACAUUUCCAUCUGAAUUCUGAAAACACCAAAGACAGUAGUUUGUGGCAUAUUCCCCUGACAUAUGUGAAUGACAGCUGUAGUGCUCUCAGCUCCUGCAAGCAAGUAUUCCAUCUCAAGGACAAAACAGCCACGUUAAAGCUACCAGCUCAGGUCAAGUGGUUGAAGUUCAACUACAGGAGCGAUGGCUUCUACAUAGUGCAUUAUGACGAGGAAGGGUGGAGGGUGUUGAAUGAGGCAUUGAGUGUGGACGUGAAUAUUCUCCCCCGUGAGGACAGAGCAGCACUCAUCAAUAACAUCUUUGCUCUCUCCAGAUUGGGCAAGGUGCCCUUCAGGCAGGUCUUAAAUCUAAUGGAGUACAUCAGAAAUGAGACAGAGACUGCUCCUCUCACUGAAGCUCUCUUCCAGCUUGCUCAGAUCUACAGAUUGCUUGACAAAAGAUCAGAGUUGAACUUGGUCUCUAGAAUGAAGAGUUACAUUUUUGAACAUUUUGGCAGUUUAAUGGACAGUCAAUCAUGGGAACAGGAAAACUCUGUGUCUAAGAUUACACUUAGGUCCGCUCUGCUGGAGAUUGCAUGUUCCCUCAACAGACACAACUGCACAACACAGGCCAAACUUAUCUUUGAUCAGUGGUUGGCUUCCAACAAGACUAAUCAGAUUCCCAGUGACCUCAUGACAACAGUCUUCAAAGUUGCUGCCCAAACGGAAGAUGGAUGGACCACACUUUUAGAUAUGUAUAAAUACUCCAACUAUGACACAGAGAAGCGCAAGACACUGGAGGCUUUGGCCAGUACUCAGGAUGUAAAAAAAAUUAUAUUAAUUCUACAAAAAAGUCUUGAUGGAAGUGUGAUCGAAACACAUGAAUUUCCCUUUGUGAUCAACACAAUUUGCAAGAACCUUCCUGGCUACCUCUACACUUGGUAUUUUGUAAAAGAGAACUGGGAUAAAAUCAUUCAAAAGUUUCCUGUCGGAUCCUAUGCCAUUCAAAGCAUCAUCAUGUCUACAACCAGUCAGUUUUCCACUAAAACACAUCUCGUGGAGGCACAGAACUUCUUCAGUUCUCUGGGGGACAGAGGUUCUCAGAUGAGGAUCGUGCAGGAGGCCAUUGAGACCAUUAAGCUCAACAUGCUUUGGCUGGAGAAUAACCUCAACACACUUCAGAACUGGUUGUAGUGUGAAGAGGUGGUUCCUCUCUCGUGCCUCUCACUCCUCAGGUGAUGUCUUUGGGCACAUGCAGGUGUAAGUCAUGUUACUGUGACAAAAGCCAGAGCCAUAAAUGUACAAGGUUAGGUCAGGGUCAAUAGAGAAUAGCAGAUUUACUUUUGACUUAAAGGGCCAUGUUAAAAUGUGCCUUUUCAGGGCAUAUUCUAGGGAAUUUUCUGAGUACUUGCAAACUUAUUAGAUAUCUGCCUGAAAAUAUUUAAAAAGGAAGCCUUUGUUACUAUCUUAUGUAAAUAAACAAGAUGUGUGUUGAGUGUCAACUACAGGUAUCAAGUCAACAUGUGAUCUCUUGUGUCAUAACUUUAGCUUUAAUUGCUGCUUUAGAAGGUUGAUGCAGUGUCUUCUCUCUGUUCACUUUGGAGGCCCAAAUCUUAAUGUGUAUGGCUCUGGCCACAAGCAAAGUUUGCACUAUUCAAAGUUUCAGCUUGCUCAGGGCCAUUCUGGUUGUUUUUGAAAUAUCAUGAUUAAUUUGAUCCCUUUUACUUAAUGUUGGUUGCUACUGACCAGAACCUUCCUUGAGUAUCUCAUAAAUAUGCCCUUUGUGUAUUUGCCUAGUUAAGAUUAAUUGAAAUGUUGAAAUUGUUCUACUAUGAAAUGUCAUCAGAGCCCCCUUUCUUCUAGGUAUAAAAGCAGAGAUCUGUUAUACACAGAUAUAUUUGCAAAAUGAGCAGACAAUCGAUUGUCAAUGUGUUUGUCUUUUAUUUAUGUCUUUGGAGGCAAUGUUUUUGAUUAUUUGCAUAGUUUGCAAUGCCUGUAUACAGUACUGUGUAAAUAUUUUUGCCUUUGAAAUUUUCCAUAUAAAUUUCAUCCUUUGCACAAGAUGUAUUUUGGAGAAUCAAAUUAGAGUUGAGUGUGUAUAUUAUGUAUACAAUUUUGUGCAGGCUUGUAUAUAGGUUUUCUUAUUGUCAGUGUUUGUUAGCAUUUAUAAAACGUGAAUUUUAUUUAGGGUUUUGCUGUGCACAUUUUGUGUUAUUGUUACAUAGGAAGCAUGUUACAUAGACAAACACAUGUAACGGAUGAUAAAUGUAGGGUUUUAUGUUACUGAUGCAUUUUGCUUUCAUGCAUUGCCACAGGUAUGUUCUUGCUUUUAAGAAAUUAUUUUUGAAGAAUGUUUCAAAUGCAUUUACUUGUUCAAAACCUAUGGAGUUCAAACCAUAUAAAAAGCUGCAUGCAUUAAUUCACAAAUGCAUGCAUCAAAAUGCACAAAUGUAUCCACUGUUUUAUAAGCUUACAAUACAAUAAGUUAAAAAAAAAAACACGUCAUUAUUGUACAGAAAUACAGAGCUGUUUUAAUUUGUGUUUUGCCUUUAAUAUAUGAUUACAAUCUCAAUUUAUAAUGUGUUAAUAUGAUAAUUACACUUCCAGGUUUAUAGCUCAGUGAUCUGACCUCAUGAAAUGUCAAAUAUGACUGGUACAUUGUUAUUAUUUUGAUUAUAGCAGUUGUAAUGUGGCUCUUAAUCAAAAGCUUUAUUAAUGUAUUUGUGUUAAACAUGAGUGAUGGUCUUUACUGGACAAACAACAUUGCUUACACUGUAUGACCAUUAUUUGAGACUUUUAAUGUCAAGUUGGAGCGUUACAGUUAUCAAUUAAUGUUUUCAUGUUUGUCACUCUGGAUUUGGUCAAACACGAGCAUUAUGAUUGUAAUUCCCUUGCUUCUGAAUUUUUCUGGAUUAGCAAUAUGGUUAAUAGCAAACAGAAUGGAGUGUAAUAACCACAGUAUAUUAUUCUAUUGAAUCAGUUUUCUGGAAUUAUUGAAAUCUUAAUAUUUCAGCUGUCAUGUUUUGAGGUUUAUUUGCACCUGUAAAUUUCCGUCAUUUAACUCAUUAUGUGUUUGUACUGUGUUUGCUGACAUUUGCAAAAUAAGCUUAUUCAUGUAUGAAUUUUUCCCAUCUGAAAUGUACUGUUUAUAUAUAUAUAUAUAUAUAUAUAUAUAUAUAUAUAUAAUUUUUUAUUAUUAUUUUUUUUUUUUUACUAUUGGCAAAAGGGCUUUUUUUUUUUUUUUUUUUUUUUAGGUUUGGCAAAACGUCUUAAGCAUUGUCAAGCCUCAAAUAUUUUUUUUUUUUUAUUUUUUUUUUUUUAUAUUUAUUUUUGAAUAGGUUGUGAGGGAUAUUGUUUAUUAUUAGUAUUAUUUUGUGUUAAACAGCUUUACACUGUAUUUGGAUUUUAAGUUUGUAAGAUUUUGCUUAACAAUGGGAAACCAGUGACCCAUCUUUAUACAAGACCAAUAAUAAAAACAGUUUGUGAACAAAUAUCCCUGAAAUGCAUUAGUCCAAGCUCAGCUUUUGUCCUUCUUGAAAUUCAGUAGAUGGCGCUGUUUCCAUUUGUUUUCCAAUGAAAAUAAUUUAGACUCCGUGACAAAGGAAGACAUCAUGUGACUUGAUUAAUAAGGAAAUUGACUAAAUAUGAAAAAUAUUUGUUUUUUCAUAAGGGAGACUGGGCUAGUUGUAACAAGGGCUUGAUAUAAGUAACUAUUAAGAUUAAGUUUUCAUCAGCAGUAGUUUAGUUUGUUGGUUUCAAACUCAAAAAUGACAAUAAAAAUGAAAUAA